AUGGUGGUCUCUUCGGUCGUUAUCCUCUCGACUUUAAUAUCGGUAAUAGCAGCACAGUCUGCGCAACAACCCUCUACAUUUACACCAGCUCGACCACCGGCCAUCCCACUCGCUGUCAGAUCGCCCUACCUCAGCACUUGGCAACCAGCCGGCCAGCAUGGAGGCAAUGGAGGACACCUCCCAGGAGAAUGGCCCACCUUCUGGUCUGGAAGCGUCACCGGCUGGUGCGGUCUCAUUCGUGUCGAUGGCGAGACGUACAACUGGAUGUAAGUACUGCCUCGCUGACAACCACUAUCAUUGCUUAUGGAUCUGGUAGGGGGAAGCCGGAACCGCUCCCAGCCCUCGCCCGGCAGACCGCUUUUGAGUAUACCUCGACGAGAAGCACCUUCACACUGGACGUCGGUGGCAAUGUCACGAUGAACGUCACUUUCCUCUCUCCGGUCGAUCCCAAAGACAAGCAACGACAGAGCAUGCCAGUCUCGUACAUGACUGUUGCGGUUCAGUCAUCGGAUGGGAACCCGCAUGACGUGGCAAUCUACACGGACAUCAGCGCGGAGUGGGUGUCUGGAGAUCGAAGCAAGACUGCUCAGUGGAAUAGUGGAGUGGCUCAAGGAAGCAGCGAUGCCUGUACUGGCUCACUGGCAUACCACAAAGUCUGGCGACAGGAACAGGCGGAAUUCGCCGAAGAUGCCGACCAGGCGGCUUGGGGAUACUGGUACUACGCGACCCAGCAAGCUGAAGGAUUGACCCGCCAAUCUGGUGCCGAUGUCGAUGUCCGCAAGCAAUUCACUGACCGGGGAGAACUGGCCAACACCGAAGACACCGACUUCCGCGCCAUCGACGACCGAUUCCCCGUCUUCGGCUUCGCCAAACAGCUCGGCCACGUCUCGCAGCACGCGCACGAAACGCUCUUCACCAUCAACCUCCUGCAGGAGCGCGCGGUGCAAUUCGGCCGCGAAGGCGGCGUGCAGCAAGUGCCCAGCUACUGGACGAACACGUCCCCCGACGAGCUCAGCGCCCUCACGACCUUCUACUUCGACUACCGCAACGGCGCACGCGUGUCCGCCGCGCUGGACAGCGACGUCGCCACGGACGCCCGCGCGGCGGGCGGCGAGGACUACGUCGCCAUCACUUCGCUCGCCGUGCGCCAGGCCUGGGGCGCCCUGCAGCUCGCCGGCACGGAGCAGGACAGCUACAUCUUCUUCAAAGAAGUCAGCUCCGACGGCAACGUGCAGACCGUCGACGUCAUCUUCCCCUUCACGCCCAUCCUGCUGUACAUGAACGCGCACUGGAUGAAGAUGGUGCUGGACCCCCUGUUCAUCAGCAUGGAAACGCCCGGGCUGUGGCCGGCGGAUUUUGCGAUUCACGAUAUCGGCCGCCACUAUCCCAAUGCCACGGGACACGCGGACGGCGACGCCCCGCUGCAGCCGCUGGAGGAGUGUGGGAAUAUGCUCAUCAUGACGCUGGCGUACGCGCGGAGGACGGGCGACACGGCGUAUUUGGAGCAGCACUGGCCGAGUCUCGACAAGUGGGCGCAGUGGCUCAUCAAUAAUAAUUCCGUCAUUCCAUUUAACCAGAUCUCCACCGGUAAGUACACCUCCACUUGAGAAAAUUUUUUGAAUUACAUGUGAUCAAUCUAACACUCUGCACAGACGACUUCGCGGGCACGCUCGCCAACCAGACCAAUCUUGCGCUCAAAGGCAUCAUCGGCCUCCAGGCCGCCAGCGUCAUGGCCAAGAUGACCGAGCGACACUCCGAAGCAUCCGACUACGCCAACACCGCCUCGGACUGGAUCAAGGAAUGGGAGCAAGCAGCCGUCGACACCGCCGCCAACCCGCCACACACCGUCCUCAGCUACGGCGACGAAGACUCCUACUCCCUGCUCUACAACCUCUACGCCGACGCCCUGCUCGAGACCGAGCUCGUGCCCACUUCCAUCUACCGCAUGCAGUCCAAUUAUUACCCGACCAUGAACAAGCGAUUGGGCGUCCCCCUCGACACACGGAGCCCUCGCGUCAAGAGCGACUGGGAGAUGUUCUGCGCCGCGAUCGCAGGCCCGGAGACGCGGGAGAUGUUCAUGCGGGAUCUGGUAACGAUGAUUAAUGAGACGCCCACGAGCGGGCCUCUGACGGAUCUGUUCGAUGCGAAUACCGGGGAGUAUGCCCUGGGGUUACUGGGGCCGUUCAAGGCACGGCCUGUGGUCGGGGGGUUCUUCAGUCUGUUGGCGCUGAAUCGGAUUGGGAUUCCGAACUACUGA